AUGGGCUUGCUAGCAGAGUUGGCAUGGAGGCUUAGGUUCGAGCCGAUCCGUGCUUUCUUGUUUGUCUAUUCAGGAUCGAGGGGUACUAACUCAACGUCUUCCUCAAGCUUCCAACCUUCUUCAAGGGAGCCUUCCGGGUGGAUUUCCUCGUUUCGAUCAUUCUCGUUUGGAUUUUGGCUCGAGCAGAUCUGCACUUCUUUAUCUGGCUGGUCAGGAUCAGGGGGUACUAACUCGACGUCAUCCUCAGACUUCCAACCCUUUUCAGGGGAGUCUUCGGGGCAGAUUCCCUCGCCUUGA